AUGUCCGCCAAGUCAAGACGUUGUGCGCCGACAAAUCGAGAUAGAAUUUACGCGACUAGAUCGAGACAGAGCCAGUUCGAAGACUAUCGCAGGCAGCAAGUAAGUCCAAGAAUGGGUCGUAUUAAAAUGUUUUAAAAUUGUCCUCGUAUCUUCUCAAAAUAAGUCUAUCUCACACCAGAUUCAGGAAUUCCAAGCUAGGGAACGCCUCGACGCUUCAAACCCUUCGAACACUUCGACUCCUGCUCCUCCUCCUCCCCGACCGGUCAGUUUCUUGUUGCUUCCCAUUAUAUAAUUCAUCAAACUGUUUCAUUUAGCGCCCCAGCCAGAUGGUUACAACAAGAUCGGAUCCACGACCAGCAAACCAGAGAGCUCCGAAUCCGGUGAGUGAGGGUCAUAAUUGCAAUUUUAGGAAUUGAUCAUUUUCAGAACCCCAGAACUACCCGGGCUCAUGCCGGAUUCAGAAGAACCGCUGCUCGCAGACAGAGAAGCUCAUCUUCCGAAACGGAUUCUAGAAGCGCUCCUUCUUCUUCUUCGACAUCUCAUCCGGCCGCCCCACAGCCCAUAAAAGAAAAUUCUAAGAAAAAGGCACGAUUCGAAGACUGA